UCGACCGGCCAGAUCCAGACGCUGAUGGCCAUCGACGCGGAGGUGGUGCUGAUGGUUGCGCCGGUGGUCAACAUGCUCUGGUCGGCGCCGGUCCAGUUCGUCAUCUACCUCGUCCUGCUCGGCCUCCUCAUCGGCAAGGCGCUCGGCGUCGGCAUCGCAGUCAUGGCCUUCUUCCUCUUCGUCUCCAAGCGGCUGCUCAAGAUCCGGCGCGAGCAGCUCAAGCUCACCGACCAGCGCGUCAAGGUGACCAACGAGCUCGUGCAGGGGAUGCGCGUCGUCAAGCUCUGCGGCUGGGAGGAGUCGAUGAAGAGCCGCCUCCUCGCCAUCCGGUCCAAGGAGAUGGUCAAGAUCCGCGCGGGGCGGUACAUCACCGCCCUCUUCUCCACGCUGCUCGCGACGCAGCUCCUCUUUGUCGCCGUCGGAACCUUUGGCUCCCUCCUCGGCGCCGUCCUAGGCACGCUCACCGGCCCGAGCACGAUGACUGCGCUCGCCUACCUGACGCAGCUUCGCUUCCCGCUCUCCUUCCUGCCCUUCAUCGUCAUCCAGACUCUCAACCUGCGCAUCUCGCUCACCCGCGUGAACCGCUUCCUCAAAAACAAGGAGAUUGGCCAAAAGACGCUCCUUCCCGCGCCCGCGCCGACGGCCGCCGACGAGGCCGCCGACGACGCGCCGAGCAGCUCGCGCGCGCCCGCCAAGCCGACCCUGAUCGACCUCGACGUCGAGCUCAAGCGCGGCGAGCUGACGAUGCUCGCCGGCGCGGUGGGGUCGGGCAAGUCUUCGCUCCUCGUCGCGCUCCUCGGCGAGAUGGAGUCGGACCGCGGCGCCUCCUUCUCGCUCGACGGCUCGGUGGCCUACGCGGCGCAGACGCCCUUCAUCGCCUCGGACACGAUGCGUAGCAACAUCCUGUUUGGCUCGCCGAUGGACGAGGCGUGGUACGAGAAGGUGGUCGAGGCGUGCGCGCUGAGCGCCGACUUGGAGAUCCUCGCGGGCGGCGACAUGACGCAGAUCGGCGAGAAGGGCAUCAACGUCUCGGGAGGCCAAAAGGCGCGGAUCGCGCUCGCACGCGCCGUCUACGCGAACGCGGACAUCUACCUGCUCGACGACCCGCUCUCCGCCGUCGACGCGCACGUGGGCAAGCACCUCUUCCAGCGGGUCCUCGGGCCGCACGGCCUGCUCGCCGGCAAGACGCGGCUGCUCGUGACGCACCAGACGCAGUACCUGCCAGCCGCGGACGAGGUCCUCCUCAUGGAGGCGGGAGGCAUCCUCGCGCGCGGGGCGUACGCCGAGCUGCGCGCCUCGGCGGUGACGUCCGCCCUGCCCGCCCUCGCCGGGCUCGAGGAGGACCUGCAGCUCGACGCCGCGCCGGAUAGCGAGCCGGACGCGUCGGAGGGCGGCGGCGAGGCGGGCGGCGCGGACGUCGGCGAGGCGGACGGCGCGGACGGCGGCGAGGCGGGCGGCGCGGACGGCGGCGAGGCGGACGGCGCGGGCGCAAAGGGCGAGCGGCCUUCGCUCAGCGAGCAGACGAUCGGCCUGCGCGAGCGGACGGUGGUCGAGAUCGGCGACGCGAGGAAGGACGACGCCGGCGCUCACCUGAGCACGCUGGAGGAGCGGCAGACGGGCUCGAUCUCGUCCGCAGUGUGGCGCGCGUACAUCGCCGCGGGGGGCGGGCGGGGCCUCGUCCUCAUCGCAGCCGUCAUGUGCUGCGUCGACCGCGCGCUCGUCACGAUGACCGACAUCUGGCUGACGUACUGGAUCGAGGCGAAAUGGGACCGGCACCCCGACGACAUCGACUUUUGGAUCCCGAUCUACGUCGCGUUUGCCUUUUGCGCCUCGAUCGCCGUCUACGGCCGCUCGGUCUUCGUGCUGGUCGUGAUCGGCUGCCGCGCCGCGGCGAGGCUGCAGGUCCAGUUGCUCGACACGAUGCUGCGCGCGCCGACCUCCUUCUUCGAGACGACUCCCUCCGGGCGGAUCCUGAACCGCUUCACCUCCGACACGGAGAUGUGCGACAACACCGUGCUGAUGAACCUGCAGCAGUGGAUCAACUGCAUCAUGCCCAUCGCCUCGACCAUCGUCGUGGUCUCCGUGGUGAACCCGAUCUUCGUGCCGUGGCUCCUCGUCCUGUGCGUGCUGUACGUCUGCCUCUACCGCUACUCUGUGUCGCGCUCCCCGAUCUACUCGCAGUUCUCCGAGACGCUCUCCGGCCUCACCACCAUCCGCUCCUACGGCGCGGAGCGCCGCUUCGAGGCGGACGCGGAGCGGCUCGUCAACCGCAACACGCGCUCCGCCUACGCGCAGUACCUGCUCCAAGCCUGGGUCUCCCUCUUCCUCGACAUGAUGGCGUCCUCCAUCGUGUUUUGCGCCGCGCUGCUGCCGCUGGUCGCCCUCGAGCUCGGCUGGACCAUCGAGGUCGCACUCGUCGGCCUCUCCCUCACCUACACCUUCGAGCUCUCGCAGUUCCUCAAGCACGCGACGCGGAUGACGCUCGAGCUCCAAAAGUCCUUCGCCGGCACCGCGCGGGCUCGCGGCGGCAUCGAGCGCAUCGUCGAGUACAUCCGCCACGUCCCGGCGGAGCGGCAGGGCGGCGACGCGCCGCCCGCCGCCAGCUGGCCCUCUGCGGGCGUCAUCGUCGUCACCAAUCUCACCGUCCGCUACCGGCCGGAGCUGCCGCCGGCGCUGCGGGGCGUGAGCUGCGCGAUCCCCGCAAAGGCAAAGGUGGGCGUCGUCGGCCGCACGGGCAGCGGCAAGUCCACCUUCCUCUCGACCGUCUGGCGCCUCAUCGAGGCGGAGGGGGGCGCGGACGGGCGUGGGCUCGGCGCGAUCCAGAUCGACGGCGUCGACAUCUCGCGCCUCAACCUCUCGCAGCUCCGCUCGCGGCUGGCAAUCAUCCCGCAGGACCCGGUGCUCUUCAACGACACGGUGCGGUACAACCUCGACCCCUUCGGCACCGCCGACGACGACGAGCUCGAGCGCGUGCUCGAGCUGGUGCAGCUGGCCGACGCGAUCCGCGCCGUCGAGGGCGGCCUCGACCACAAGGUGUCCGAGGGCGGCGCAAACUUCUCCGUCGGCCAGCGCCAGCUGCUCUGCCUCGCGCGCGCCACGCUGCGCCGCUCCUCUGUGCUCGCGCUCGACGAGGCGACCGCCUCGAUCGACAACGAGACGGACGCGGUGCUGCAGACGGCGAUCCGGCAGAUGUUCGCCGAGUGCACGGUCCUCACGAUCGCGCACCGCCUCCACACCAUCAUGGACUCGUCGCACGUGAUGCUCUUCGACGCGGGCGCCCUGGCCGAGUUCGACGACCCGCACCGCCUGCUGUCCGACCCCGCCUCCUCAUUCUCGCAGCUGGUCGACAAGACCGGCUCCGCUGCGCCGCAGCUUCGCCAGAUGGCGCGAGCGGCGCACGAGGCGCGCGCCGGCGGGAGGUCGCGCUUGGCUGGCCUCGACACGGACGGCGACGGCGUCGUGGACGUCACGGAGCUCGCCGCGCUCACCGGCGGCGACGCUGCGGCGGCGCGCCUGGCGGCGCUCGACAGCAACCAGGACGGCGUGCUCGACGAGAGCGAACUGAAGUCCACAAGGUCGGCCAUCGGCGCCGCUUCGCGCUUGUGAUGGAGUGGACGGUUGCGGGCAGGAGGCUGGCGCAGCCGGCGUGGUGGCUGCGAGGUGGGCGAGCCGGACUCUUACUUGCCAGCAGAGCGCCCGCCUGGAGAUGUGUGGUGGUGUCGGCUCGUGGUGUUUGGAGAGAAAGCACAGAAAGGGGCACAUGACUGUCGAGACAGUGUGGGGAUAUUAUUAUCGUGGUUUGUAAAAGCGACAAGAGAGAG